AUGCAGGUUACCAGAUUCAUCUGUGGCAGAUUUGCUUUGGGAAUCCGAUUGAACCACACUAUGGCGGAUGCUUAUGGAAUGAUGCAAUUUCUAAAUUCUAUUUCUGAAUUAAUAAAAGGUGCAUCUGCACCUUCUAUUUCACCUGUAUGGCAAAGAGAACAAUAUUUGAAUGCAAGAUCUCCCCCAAGAAUUACAUGCGUACACCAUGAAUUUGAGAAAAUACGACAAUCCAGAGACUUUAUGGAUUCGGACAAGCUAUUUGGGACUGCCAUUUUCUUUACCCCUAAGGCUAUACAAGCAUUUUAUAAUCGUCUGUCCUUGUCGGGAAGUUCUCGUAGGUGCUCAAGAUUUGAUCUCAUAAUAGCGUGCUUAUGGAAAUGUCAUACGAAUGCACUGAAUCCAUCUAAUCCAGACGAGAAUGUUUGUCUGUCAGUCAUUACCAAUUUGCGUGGCAAGCCAGGCCUGAAAAUACCUACUGGAUACUACGGCAAUGCUUUCGUUUAUCCGGCGGCAGUGUCCACUGCCAGAAUUUUAUGCACUGCUCCAUU